AUGUCCGAACUUUCAGAGCUUCCCAGUGAAGAAUGCAGCUCUUCCGAAUCAGUUUUUGUAGGUUAUAGGCAGGAGUUGGUGAGAAACAGAAAAACUAAAUACAAUGUAAAUGGAAGGGAUAUCGUCAUAUUUUACCUCAACGGUAACUUUCAUGCCAUGGAUCAGCGGUGUUACCGUAAGUAUUGGAAGAGUGCACUUAUAUUUACACAAAAUUUACUAGAUUCUCAUUGUUCAGUAGCACUAGCAAUCGAUAAAGUAAAUAAAACAGCAAUGGGAAUUUACUGGUAUUCUAAUGUCAAUGGACGGAGAGAGCGUAGUUACUAAAACAAGGAAUGACCUACAAUGACCUACAAUGAUCUACAAUGGCCUACAAUGGCCUACAAUGGCCCACAAUGGCCUACAACGGCCUACAAUGAUCUACAAUGAUCUACAAUAACCUACAAUGAGCUACUAUGACCGAACGUGUAAUCCCUGUAAUCAGCUAAAAUGAAGAUUUUAGAAAAAGACAAAAAAAAAAGAUCAGGGGGCAUGUGUGCGUAAACGUAACGCGUUUAGUCUACUGCAUGACAGCCCAUGUAACGAUGACAGCAUCUCUAAUUAUUUCGCUUGGAGAUAAAUUUACAGUGUAAUGAUACAUGUAUGAUGAUACUGUGACUUUUGUCCAAACCAUCCCUUGCAACCUUUCGCAUUAGUUUUAUUUUGUCUUGUCUUUUUUUCAAACAAAUUGAACAAACACAGUCACCCCAACAGUCGAUCCGGGGGGAUCUUCAUGGGACGUAAGGGUAGAGAUGAACAAAGGAGGGCUUCAAAUUCUGACCCUGUUCAAAAGAAAAAUUGUUCAUUUUUUUUUCAAGUACCCUGGCCUGUAUAAGACAUCAUAAGACCCUUUAAAUGGCUUUCGGUCCAACAGGAUGCUCUGUUUGUAACACUAAGUAGUAAAAUCCAUAUCCUGCUCAGCGGCCCAUACUAAGGGAGUGCCUGCAUGACUUCCGUCAAUACAGGGUGUAAUAGUGCUAUACCGGUAAAAACGCGAUUGCAAUAAUCUAUUUUCAACUUUCUCAAGUCACCUGAGAUCAAGCACAAUUUUUGUUUUGCCUUUUCAAAAUGUGCUUGGCAAUUUAAUACUAUAAACCUAGUGUCACGUCCAAGCGUGUCACACGACAAACAUCAUUGUCUGUCAUUUUGUAGCUCAUUGUAGGGCUUAUUUUAACUCAUUUUAGCUCGUAGUAGCUCAUUGUAGCUCGUAAGCUCAUCGUAGAUCAUUGUAGAUCAUUGAAGGUCAUUGUAGAUCAUUGUAGGUCAUUGUAGGUCAUUGUAGGUCAUUCCUUGUUUUAGUAACUACAAUGGAGAGAGAGGGUGGAGUGGUAUGGGAAUCCCUUUGAAAGACCAGGUUUGAGGAAACCCUGUUUUUUAAAGGGGUUUUUUGAGUUUUCAUCAAGUCUUAAAAAUGAUAAUAGGCAGAAACAAAAAUUAUGUAUUUCAUGUUAACAUUAGUUUGUUGAAAUCCAUUGCACAGGCAGGACAGUACCACAGUUGUUUCUUAAAAGGGUGCGGGGGAGGGGUUAACAUCCUCCCUUCCCCACCCAUUGACCACUAGUUGAAUGUUUUGUCCUAAUCUCCUUCUCCUUAAGAGUUGUCAUGCACCUAAAAAUAUCUGCAAAAAGGACUUAUGGAGUCCAGGUGUUUUGACUGAGGAACUGCGUAGUUCUAGAAAAUUUCAAUGCCGUCCUAGAGGGCACUAAUUUGCUUAAGACCCCUCACCCCCUGGAAUUUCUAUUCAAGAGAGUGCUUGUGAUACCACUGUGUAACACAGUGACAGCUAGACAACUGGAAGUUUAUUCAUGAUCAGAUGACAUGGAAGACCUAUACAUGAGGCAGGGGCAGAUCUAGGGGGAGGGUGCAGGGGGUGCACACCCCCCCCCCCCCACCCAAGAUGACCUGGGUUUUCUAAGACAACUGGUAUUCUGCAAAAAAAAACUAUGUGGUUUGUUAGUGUUGAAGUAGAGCAAGAGACAAGUGCACCUCCUCCUAAAAAAAAUCCUGGAUUCGCCCCCUUUGAGGUGUGAAAAAAACAUUCAGCUGACUGUAAAGAAAAGAUCAUCAAUGAUGAAAACAAGUUUUGAAACACUGAUUAACACUAAAAUAACUGAUAGGUUGCUCUACUAAGAAGCUGUAAUUUUUUUAACUCACCAUAAUAGUCCCUGGAAAAGAGACUUUGAGAGGCCACCCCCACUACCUUAGAAAUUGCCUUCUUCUGAUCACCCUCUCAUCUGAAUUUCUGUCACCCUCUCUGUUGGCGGGAAAUGGGGGGGGGCAGAAUUUUGGCCGGGCAAAACCUGGUUGUUUAUGUUGAUAUUGCUGGAGUGGCCGUCUUUGAUUUUAGGACAGGAAGAUUGGGGAUCGUAGACAUGGUCAACAUGGCACUUUUGCGAGCAAAAACAUUUGCACACAUGAAGAAAAUGCCUGUGCUGCAGGCUAUGGGUGGGGCAGAGGGGUGGGUUAUGGCUAUUUUAUACUGUAAACCUAGUUUACUCUGAGUCAGGAAACACGUUUUCACCGGAGAAGGAAGAAAACAUAUUCACUCUUUACAAUAUUAUAAUGACAUUCACAAGAUACAUUGUUAUGUUAAACAUUUCAUUCUCGUAAAAAGUUGAGAAGCCAUCGUCCUCCCUGCUCUGCUGUUCACAAAAAUCCCUCUUAGAUCCAAGGGUGUACAUGUAUUCCCUUCUCUGUGGACAUUUGGUGCAAAGGGUAUGUUACUAAAAGAUUUUGACGCCCUUUUGUCUGUAACUGGGUAUGGAUUUUAACUAUUCGGGACUAUUGAAGGUCUGAAAUACUAGUCAAGGAUUUCCUGACACAUAUUUAAUACACAUCCCAACCCAAACUCAUCCAUGUAUGUCUUCGUUGUACUCCCUGAAUAAAGUAUACAAAAUGUACAAUCUUGUUUUGUCUUAUGAAAUACCAUAAAAUUCUGAAAAUAAGCCCCUUCAUGCAUAACCCCCUCCAAAUAUAAGCCCCCAAAACUCGUAACGGAAAAAACCCUCAGUUAAAUCGCCCCUCCAAAUAUAAGCCCCCCUGGGGGAGUGUACUUGGAAAUUGCCCUCAAAUACAAAGUGAAACAAAGGAAAAACAGUAAAUUUACUUCCAACUGUUCGGCUAGCUCUAUCGAUUUUGAAACGCAAAUUUCCCUCUGUAGAUAAGCCCCUCCGAAUAUAAGCUCCUCCAAAAAUAAGCCCCUCAAAAAGAGCCUUUGAAAAAUAUAAGCCCCGGGGCUUAUUUUCGGAAUUUUACGGUACCUUAAUCUAGCCUGCCUCUAGCAUUCAGGGUGCUGUGCACUAAUCUGGAUCAUGUCUAGAACAGGCUAGCUUUUUUCCAGUAUUUUUCCAAUACAGCUUAAAAUUUCCUAUGGUUUAAUUAUUAUCAUAAAAUUUUAAAGCACCCUUAGUUAAUAAUGUGCAUUAAUCUUCUGCUCUAAAUAUAGGAAACUAGUCAUUAUUAUUUUAAAAUAUUAACAUUAUUGAGAAUACUUAAGAUGUGCAUUACUAUUUUGAAUCCAUUAGAUGCUGGAGGUCCUUUGGAGAAAGGAGACAUAGAGGUAACUAAGUUCUAAAUAUUUCUUUGGCCACUAUAAUUUAUAAUACCGGUAUAUAUUAUGACUCCUGAGAGUUAACACUGGAUUUGACGGGCUUCUGGAAUGGGUGUGGUGAUCCCUCCUUUCCAUACCUACCUGAGUACCUUUCGAUAAAAAUCUAUUGCCGCCUACUUUGAGAACCCUGGUUCAAGGACAGAUCCAGGAAUUUCUGAUAAGGGAGGUUCCAUGCCCUGAUUUUUAAAACUAAUUCACAGUUCAUUAUUCCAACCCUAUAAAGUCACUUUGUCAUUAUUUUCCACUGAAUUUCAAUCGUAAAGCAGUCCUUCACUUCAGUUUGAAUCACUCAGUUAAUUAUUUCAAGAAAGUUCAAGCCUGAUGGAAUUUAAAGAAGGUCUGGACCCCCCUUGACUCCCAUUUUCCCCCAGAUACAUUACUGAUCAUACUUUUGUACCCAUUUAAACAGGACAUUAGUGGAAGAUGGUGUAUCAUUUGUCCUUAUCACAAACAAAAAAUCACUCUGGAUACUGGCGAGGGUUUACACUUCUCCAUUGAUCCUAAAGACCUGAAAAAACCACCCAAACUUUGUUCCAAGGGAGCUGUUCAGAGAAUACAUCAGGUUCAAGUCAAGGAAGAUAAAGUAUUUGUCACUUUAUCAAGUACCAAACAAUAUAUACCCUCAGACUUCUAUUACUCAAAGAAAAUAGAAAAAGACUAA